AUGCAUUUUCGAGGAUUAGAGAAUUUAGGAAAUACUUGCUAUAUGAAUAGUUUCAUUUAGGCAUUGCAUCUUUGCAGUGAUUUCAGACAACAAGUAUUAGAUUUUGAAAUUAACAGAAUCGUUGUGUAAUUGAAAGAUUACACUUAAACUAAAUAAGUGGGAAACAAGCCUAAUAUAGGUUUAUUGUUGUCAUUAUAAAAAUUAUUUGCUUUGCUUUCAUUUUCAAGUAGAGACAGCAUCAAUCCAAUUCAAUUCAGGAUGACCUUGCCAGACUAAUUUAAGAAUAAUUAUAAUCAGCAUGAUGCUAAUGAAUUCGGUAAGAUCCUGUUGGAUGAGAUUGAGACGAGUUUAAAAAAGUUGAAAAUUUAUGAAAAUUUGAUUAAAGACUCAUUUUAAGGCUAGAUUGAAUGGACAAUAGAGUGUUUGAAUUGCAACUAAAUAGUGAAGACUCAGGAAGACAUCUUGGAUCUCAGUCUGUCGAUUCCAAACGCAAAUUCUAUUAGACUGGAAGAAUUGAUUGAAUAGAAUUGCAAACCUGAAAUAAUGGAUGGAGAUAACUAAUAUUAAUGUGAUAAUUGUAAGGCAAAGACCAAUGCCAAAAGACACUUCACGAUCAAAAACACUGCUAAGAACUUCAUAAUCACUCUCAAUAGAUUCGAUUUCAAACACUCAGGAAAUGCAAAAAUAUUGACUAAGGUUGACAUUCCCAACAGGAUUCAAAUCAACUAACAGAACCUAUAUUUGUAGGCUGUGAUUGUUCACUCAGGAGCUCAAAUCAAUUAUGGACAUUACUUCACCUUAUCCAGAUACACUUUAUUGAAUGAUGAACAAAUAUGCAGGUAUCCAAGCAUUUAAACAGCCUUAUAGAAUUUGUAUGUCUAAUAGACUCCAUACAUUUUAUUCUAUAAAACGGAUUAUCCUUAUCAAGUGGCAAAGAUGAAGACAACGUUCCUGAAGAACAUUAUUGAUUAGGACAAUCAGAAUUUUCUUAUUUUGAAGCAAUAGAAACAAUAACAAUAAUAAUAAAUGUUUUAAAAUUAGUAAAAUUUUAAUUAAAGAAAUGACGAUGAUGAAGAUGACAAUGGUCAACAAGGAUCACAAGGAGUAUAAAAUCGUAUAAUCUUUUGA